GAUGGUUAUUGGAGCAGACCUUGAUAGCAAAAUAAUAAUAACAGUCAUGAUAGUCUUGUCACUAAACAUUUAUCAAGUUGUCCUACAAAUAAUAUGCACAAAAAAACACACAAAUAUAUGUCCAUAGUUUAAUAUGUUUUGCAAAUUGCAAUAUAGGGAAUAUCAAUAUGCAAUACAAGGACAGCAUGGUUAUAAUGGUUAGAAGUUUAAAAGAAGACCUUUGUACUAGUAUAUAUCAAUACUAACCAUAUAAUAGUACAUGUAACAUAGAUUGGAAUGGAUGAAGUGAUCAGUGUUUCUGUACCGGGAUAUAAAGAUCAAGUAUUCCACUCACUGCAUCAGUUACAGCAAAGGGGAGUUAACUGUGAUGUAACACUACAAGCAUGUGAUGGCACUGCAAAUAUACACAGCAUUAUCUUAGCAGCCAACAGCGAAAAACACAUCUACAGCAAGAUAUCACAAACAAAUGAAAACCAUCAAGUUGACUGUACAAAAUACCAAAUUCAUGUAAUUAAAGCUGUCGUGAUAUUUUUAUAUUCUGGAGAAUUAGUUAUUGAAAAAAGUUUUUACAAUGAUCUUGUACAACUCUGUAAAGACUUAUAUUUAAGCUCUGCAUGUGAUUCAUUUAAUCACCAGUAUCAAAUUACAAAGGUACAUCCUAGUACUUAUGAUAAAGAUGGUGUCAAAGAGAAAACAGUUUUUGAAAGAGAACUAUACAUUCACUCAAAUAAUAGUAAUUCAUCUUAUGAAAGCACCAGUACAAUUCCUUUAGGAAAUGAUGAUCUUCCAGCUACACCAAUGAAAACAGUCAGCAGAGGUGACAGUUUGUACCUGAAGGUGACUGAUCUUAAAAAUGAUCAGGGAACCAGUAGUGAUGACAAUAACAUGGAAACCAGCUCAGUUGAAUAUGGUUGCACCAAUGACUCUAGACCCUCCAGUUCUUCACUUGGUGAAAACCUUAUAAAUCAAAUAGAAAAUAUUGUAAUGCAAUGUGUUGAUAAUGAAAAAAAAGAAAAAAAAGGGGAUGUAUUUCCAGUGUUAACAAUGGAUAAUGAUAGCUCACCUGAAAAUUCUGAAAAAUCUGACAGUAAAUCAAAAUGUGAAGUGACAAAAUGUCCAAGCUUUAAUCAAAAUAAUACAUCUUUAGGUAGAAAGGCUACUAAAAGACCUUCUAGAUCAUUAAGUUCAGAUACAAAGGAAAAGCCAUCUAGAAAACAGAAAAAGACAUCAUUGAAUAAGAAGAGAAAAGUAACAAAGUUUAUUAAAAGUAAUAAACGCCAGAGAAAUAAUGACAAUGAUGAAGAUGCCAAAGAUCAUCAGGACUAUGAUAUGACUGAUGACACAACAAGCCUUAAACCUAAAAAACAAUGGAAAUGUACCAAGUGUAAUCUUAUAUUUCAGUCAUUUUCAGAACGAGCAGAGCACAUGAGGAAGCUUCACAAACCAUAUCCCUGUGAACUGUGUGAUUGGGUGGGCGUUCAGCCACAUCUGUACGCCUCACAUAUGUAUGGUCAACAUAAAGUUGUUAUAUACUCAGAAAGAUAUCCAUUGGUUCAAUGUGAUUUUCAGGGAUGCACAUAUAAAUGUUUGAACAUAAAUAUGAAAGAUCAUAUGAGAUGUCAUAAGUAUAAGAAAGAGAAGUUAGUAUGUCAUGUUUGUGGAAUGGAGUUCACAUCAGAAGGAGGCUUACGUGCUCAUUCAUCAUACCAUAAAGAAGAGGAAAUGAAGUUUAAAUGUAAAGAAUGUGAUAAAGUAUUUGGAUGGAAACAUGAACUAAGUAAACACCUAACUGCUGAACAUAAAACACACAAUCUUUGUCACCUGUGUCCAUUCAAGUCCAAGAAUAAGACGUCACUGAUUGUACACCUCCAUAAUAAACAUGCUGAACCUAUUCCAGAGAAAAUGAAAACGUAUAAAUGUGAUAUAUGUGAUUUCUAUUGUUUUUAUCCAAGUUAUCUAAAAAUACACAAACAAGAAAGUCAUUCAGAUUCCAUGAAUUUCCAAUGCAAUGUGUGUCCAAAAAAGUUUAAAAGUAAGAAAGCUUUAAGAAGUCACUGGGACUGUGCCCAUAGUUCAAACUUUUUUAAGUGUGACAAAUGUAGUUACACAACACGAUCACAGACCACACUACAAAUUCAUCAACAGAGUACACAUUCUGAAGCUCGACCAUUUUCCUGUCAUCUCUGCGAGUACAGCUGUAAAUUGAAAGGAAAUUUAAACAGUCAUAUGAAAAAUAUACACAAAUUAGAAAUAGUUUCUAUAAAUAAAUUACACGAAAAAGUUGUCAAGACAGGUAAAGGAUAUGAUGAAUAUAUGGAAGCUAGAAGAAAACGUUUUUUUGAACCAGACAAGACCUCAUUAGAAUUAAUAGAAACUAGACCACUUGAUCAGAGCUGUGGUGCUACUAUAGCAGAGGAUGAUACUGGAGAACAAUAUCAGGAUUUACUUAACAUUGUUAGAACCUGUAAUUUACCUUUGUCCUAACAUAAUGACAAAAUACAUGUCAACAGAUGAUAUGUAUGUAGAUCCCUCCGUUUAUGGAGCACCCCUCAAGAGCUGUGAGGGUACAGUAGAAUAUGUAUACACUCCCUUUAGGGAUUAAUGGAGAUGUGUCACUAACAUAUUUACAACAAUAUUAACAAGGACAAUCUCGACCCAAAAACGAGGGAGUAUUAGGACACCAGGCAGAAUCUGUUACUAUGCUAUACCGUACUGUGAAUUAAUUUAAUCUCACUGGUUUUUAUAAAUGUGGAUUAAGAGAGAAAAUUUAUCUACCUGGAUAUAAGGUUUUGCUAAAGUCUGCAAUUAUUUAGGAUUAGCCUAGAAAAGCAGUGAAAGUAUCAAUUAGUUGACAGAAAAAUAGCUGCAAUUAAGAUUUCAUUCUAAAUUCUAAUCCAUAUCAAUGAAAAAUCCUCUGAAAGUGUUACUGCACCUUGAAAAUUAGCGAUAAUGAUGCUAUUCAUGUUUUAAAAACAAAUUGCUCUUUUUAAAACGUGAGAAAUGAUAAGUAAUAAUUUAUUACUUGUAUGUAAAUCAAAUAUAGUCUACUCUGACAUAACUAAUGCAUACAUCAAACACAUAUUAAUUAUGUAAUACCAUAAAAUUGAGAAUGGAAAUUGGGAUUGUGUCAAAGAGACAACAAUCUGACCAAAGAGCAGAAAACAGUCAAAGGCCACCAAUAUAUUCGUUUGGUAUAGCAUUAACUUGUUGGAACUACUUUAAACAUACUUCAGUGUGUCUGUUCUCAAGAAUCAAGAUUCUCCAAACUGCUGAAUGUCCAAUUGAUUGACAUAAUAUACUCAUUGCAUGGUGGUUUCCAAACCUGUCUUUCUAUUUAUUAUUUUAUUGUAAGCUGUUGAUGUAAUAAUCAUGUAACUCACAAUGUGAGAAUUAAUGUGAAUUUAAUGAAAACAACUUCAAAUAAAAUUGUAGGUGUUUAAC